AUGAAUGAUCCUCUUGAAGAAGCAAUUACAAAUUCAAAUAAUAAUGUACAUAUACCUACAAACAAAGAAAUCAAAGACACAAUAAAUUAUGGUGAAGUUAAGAAUACUACUCGCAAUACAAGAUUCUGGUUGAAAGUUCUGACAGAUGUUAGAACAAAAAUGGGAUACAAUUAUGACAUUAGUGAAAUUGUUGUUAUAAAUCAGUUACAAGAAGAAUUGAUUCAAUUUUUUCAAGUGUUAAACAAAAAAGACAAAUCACCAUAUGCACCAACAUCAAAAAAAAUUGCUUUGCUGCUAUACAUAGACACGCCAUUAUCCACCACUUACAAAACCUAUUUCUGGUUAUGUUUCUUGUGUGGUUUUUGUGGUGGAGAUGCUCAAAGAUUAAAAUUGGCAAAUGUGGAAUUAGCAGCUAUUAAUGGACAGACAAUUACAAUUCCUCGUGAAAAAAACAAUGCUAGCUACAGUUUGCUGAAAAUUUCUAUAAAAAACUGUAAUAAUGUUCAAAUAAAUCUUCAAAUCGCACCAAAAGAUUAA